CCCCCAGAGCGCGGUGCGACCGAGGCGGGAUGUCGGAGGAGGACCCCCAAGCGUGCGCGGAGCCAGAGGAGCCCAAGGCCGGGCCCCUGCCGGAGAGAACCAGCGACUGCUACCGCGUGAGCGAGGACCUGCCGGCCAGGUUCAACAACCCGGCCUGGUUUCGGGGCUACAGGACCAAGGAGCCCCUCUCAGUGUACAGGACCAGUAACCAAGCUUAUGGGAGCAGAGCCCCCACCGUGCACGAGAUGCCGAAGGUGUUUUAUCCAAAUUCGUAUAAGUUUUCCAGACAAGUUGCAGCGGGUGGAAUGUUCCAGAACAACACGCUCAAUGUCUACAUGGAGAAGAGCAUCGUGACGGGUCCCGACAACUACAUCACCUCCUACGACCGGCUCAACUUCCACCCCAGCUACAGAGUCUGCAGGCCGUCCAUCUGUGACUGAGGGGCUCCUGGCUCCUCCGGAUGGUUGUCUGCCCCAGUCCUUGGUGGUUCGCGCCGUCAUAAAGGGACGCACUUCACGACUUUCCCCGAAAACACCUUUCCUCUCUAGAUCAGCUGGCAGACGGGGCGACGAUGCUCUGCUUUCUCUGUUUUACACCUGAGACGAAAGAGCCGAUGGCUUGACUUUCCAUUAAAAAUCUUGCCACGUCC